CUGUUUCCGGUUUCAGGUGCGUUCUAUUGUAACUAGCUAGGUUUGCACAUGACCAGUAUGCGACUUUUUCCCGUUUCGACGUUAAAGGUUUGCUAGACACUUAGCUAAUGUCAUAUGAACACCUGUACACUACCCCAGUCGAUUUGUUGGAUGUUUCCACGACGUUAAGAUACACAUUUGAAUUGUCAAGCGAACGAAAGCCUUUUAUACGUGAUGGUCUUUGCUAACUAGGCUAGCCUCAAACUGUCUAAAAGAGACCAAGACCAAGAAGUGGAAAAGAGACUACACACAGUUAAAUUUGAAGAUGAAAUAUAUGUUCUGCUUUUCGUUAGGCUGAGGAACUCCAGAAAAACAUUCAUUGUCAAGAGUUGGAAGAUUUGCUUGUUGCAUUCCUCGACUAAACAAUAGUCUUUAGCCUGCAAUGUUAGCUGGCCAUGUACUUUUAGAAAGAACCGUAACAUAUUAUACAUACUUGGCUAAGUAUAUUUCUGUAGACUAGGCCUACUAAACUAGCCAUUGGCUAAUGUCCGUAAUUCGUCCGGAUAUUAGGAAUUCUAAACUAUUUCUAUCACUUCAAAACCAAAGGUAAUCUCUUGGUAUGGUUUAUUUGUUUGACGUUAGUGUUAUAAGAGUAAAAUUAGGUGAAGAAAGGUGAAAGUCUUGGGGACGACAUGUAGCUAGUGAGUACCCUCAUUGGAAUUUUCCCUUGGGCGUUGGUGGUUGGUUUCGAUUUAACACCACCAGGUGUGUCAUGUGACUCGUCCUGUGGUACACACUUUCCCUCUUAUCAUUCCCAGUGAUCUCACGGCAAGGAGAGUUAAUUUGACUUAUCUAAUGUACUAUAGCUAUAGUCUAACAAAACCUCAUACAAAGUCUUAAAACGGAAAUAAAUAAUAUAAAGUUAAACCCAUUAUUGCGUUCUCAAUAACUCAUUGCGGUCUCUAAGUCCUUUAGUCCUUCUAAAAUCCAGACAUAAUUAAGGGCGCCAAACUAAGGGAACUGACAUGACAGCUGUAGUAGGAAGAGUUUGGGGGUGGGUGCGUCCAGUUAUCUCCUACUGGCCCUGGGGCAGCAAAGCAGGACCUGACAAAACCAUGAGGGACAAGCCAGUGGCUGAAGAGCAGCAGACGAGAGGCAGCUGGGGCUUCUUGGGGGGGUUAACAACCUGGGUUUGGGGAGCCGGACAGAAAAGACAAACAAGUGAACAAACAACAUUGAUCGAAGAGUACUGGGAAGCAAGUGAGGAGAAAAUCCAGUCCAGGGAAGUUGAAGAGCUGGGCGUGGGAAAGCAGGAGGCUGAGGGGAAAGCAGAACAUGGUGACUCCAGAUGGUGGAAUAAGGUUCUGCCACCCUCACACUUAUUCUGGCCGAGAACAGCUGAACCUGGUGGGUUAAGUCAGAGGAAAUGUGUCGGUGCAGGAUGGGACUCUGACAAAGAUGGGGAGUAUUCGGACUAUGGAACCCCUCCACCGUCUCCCACACCUAGCUCCUCAUCAGCCUUCCGGUUCUUUGCACGUGCCUGGAAUGGGGUGAUAGUUCCGGAACACUAUGAGAUCUGCUUCAACCUCCUUCGCCACCUGUUUGACCUGUUGGUGGUGGGCUUCCUGUGGAUUGUGUCCCCCCCUACCAAGUUGGUCCUGGAGGUUCUAGGGGUCCAAGGAGGACUGAAGUUGUGGCUCCAUGGAAUGGCCAUGUUUUCUGUUUCCACUGUUGGAAUGGCGGGACUGCUUUGGUUGGUCCAAGAGUAUCUUCUACAGUUUGCUCUGUUGUAUGGCAUCGUGCAAGCACUGGUCAUCUCUGUCAGCAUCCAGCAGAGUGUGAUCCUAGGAGAGGGGGAUAAGGAGUAUGAAAAGGAGGUGGAGGACGUGGAAGUGAGAGACAAUGAGGAAGUUACAGAGAUGUACUUGACUACAAAGGAAAGAUGAUCCUUGAAUGAAAGUUUGUUUUGACAAUCAUCUGACAUGGAGGGAUGAGGGAUGUUUCAAAAGCCUGACAUGCAGGGAUUGAGGGAAGUUGUUUCGAGAGCCUAUAAAUGCAAAGACGAAGACGCAUGAAAAGAGCUGAGCCCAGCUGAUACUGCAAUGAGGAACGGCAGAGGCUGGAGGACUUUAGGCUAACACUUCACUACUGUGAUAUUCAGUGGCGCUCAAGCAAAGCACAUCCACUACAAUCUUGGUCAUCUAGGGCCCAGUGAUACCACUGUUGUCGUCUAGGUCCCAGUGAUACCACCGUUGUCGUCUAGGGCCCAGUGAUACCGCCGUUGUCGUCUAGGGCCCAGUGAUACCGCCGUUGUCGUCUAGGGCCCAGUGAUACCGCCGUUGUCGUCUAGGGCCCAGUGAUACCACCGUUGUCGUCUAGGGCCCAGUGAUACCACCGUUGUCGUCUAGGGCCCAGUGAUACCACCGUUGUCGUCUAGGGCCCAGUGAUACCACUUGUCGUCUAGGGCCCAGUGAUACCACUUGUCGUCUUAGCACAGUUCUAUUGUUACAGAAUCCUGUUUCCCUCUAGUUAGACUUCUUUUACAUUCAUUUUGUUUUGUUCAGACAAACUUUUGAAUAUCUACUUGACAGAUACCAGCACUUUUUUUUUUUUUUCAGGUUUCUUUCAAAUCUUAUUCCAAGCAGAUUGUGUUGUUGUUAGUUUUUUUGGGACAUAAGGUUUAUUUGCCUUGUAUUUAAUUUCCUGUGCCUUAAUAUUUAAUAGUAUGCCUUAUUAUAUUAUCCCUGUCUUUCUCCAUCAUAAUCAGUGUUAAUUGCAUUGUGAGUAAACUACACAUUGCACAUGUAUUUAUCUGUUUUGUCACACGUAUGUUCCUGUUUGAAAGGUACGCUACAGUCUUAGAAACAGAACCGUUUAAAAAAAUGGAUAUUUAUCUUUAUAAUUGACCUUCCAAUUGUCCAGUAGUAAGUUUUGCACAAUCACAUACAAACCAACAGUGAUGCUCAGGAACACUAAAUUCUACCUGCAAGAUUUUUGUCUUGGCAUGUCACCAUCUUUAGUAGGCGUGUGUAAGAAGAUGAUUCUAACCAGUGGAGUCUGGUGGGAGGAGCUGUAGGAGGGCGGGCUCAUUGAAACGGAAUAAAUGGAACAUAUAGAAACCACGUUUGACUCCAUUCCACAAUUCCAUUUCAGCCAUUACAAUGAGCCUGUUCUCCUAGAGCUCCUCCCACUGGUUCUCACCCACAAUGCCCCUGUAUUCUAAAAGCUUUGAAGAACAUUCCUAGUUUCUACAAUGGCCUUUCCCAGAUAUGUUUGUAUUUGUAGCAUAACAUACAGCUAUCACAUCUUCACAGUGAUGCAGAAAGUUAUAUGAUAUAUAUAUAUAUACUCAUUGUGUGCUGAUAAUGGGACCUGUAAACAGUGAUACCACAUCGGUGAUUCCUCUCUGCCUUUUAUCUCUCGUGUUUAAAUGUCAUGUUUUGACUUGUUACUCCACAUGUUGUUUCCAAAGAAAGAUGUCUUGUAAUGAGAAUGUGCAAUGUCUCCUCCCCCCCCCAAAGACAAGUGCUGGAUCACUGUGAAAAUGAUAAGGCAGCCACGUUCAGUUGAUCAAACGUUGCAGAUAGAAAUGUGACGAAUAGAGCCGCCAAGCAUUCCUUGUUCUACGUUUCAGAGAGGCGUGUUUGUUCUUACAUGUAUUUCUAUCGUAGCGUUCCACGACGGGUCAUUCUGAAUGCAUCCCAUGUCAACGUUGUGUUUUGUAAAGGGAACGGAUGUGUAAUGUAAACCACGUGUUGAGAAAAUAAACUUUGGACCUGAUACUGUC